GAAAUGGGGCCAAUCAAUUAACUAGUAGCUGUCAUCUCAUUAUAAAACUAGAGAAACAUAAUCCCCUCCUAAGCCAUUUUAACUCUACCAAACAAUUAAACAUACGCACUUGUGUGUCUUUUCCUUCUUCAUCUCAAUCAUGGCCGAUGCAGUUGUUUCAGCUGUGUUGGAAAAAUUGACUUCAAUUGCUCUAGAUGAAAUAGAGACAGAGGUGAGGCGAGUUAUCAACGUUCGUGGAGAAGUGAACAAGCUUAGUAGCAAUUUUCAAGCCAUCAAAGCUGUUUUGGAGGAUGCGGAGCGGCAGCAGCUGGAAAAGGGGAAGGCCAAUGUUCGAGAUUGGUUGGGCAAGCUCAAGGAUGUCUCUUAUGACAUCGAUAAUGCAUUGGAUGAGUGGAGCACUGCAAUUCUCAAGUCAGAACUUGAACCGAAGCCGAAGGUAUGUUCCUUCGUCCCCUCUCCUUCCUAUUGCUUUAAUAGAGGGAAACUGCUUCUCAAAACUGCACACAAGAUACAGGCUUUGAAUGAGAGGUUGGUUGGUAUUGCAAAUGAGAGAGAAAGGUAUGGGUUUAAGGUAUUAAAUAGUGAAAAACCAAAACGUGAUGAAACCACUUCUUUCAUAAAUGUAGCAGAGGUGAUGGGUAGGGUUGAGGAUAAGGAGAGGAUAGUAAAUAUGUUGCUAAAUGAGGGUAGAAUUGACGAAAUAGGAUCAAAACUUCAGAUGAUCUCCUUGGUAGGCAUUGGGGGGAUUGGGAAGACUACCCUUGCUAGACUAGCCUUUAAUAAUGAGGAAGUAAAAUCUCAUUUUGAAGCAAAAAUAUGGGUGUGUGUUUCUGAUACUUUCAAUGAGAUGAAAAUUGCCAAAGAUAUUCUUAAAUUUGUGAUUGGUAAUGGUGAUAAGGAUGUUAUUGAGAAAUUGCAUAAAUUGAAUUCUGAUGUUGAAAAAAUGGAUAAAUUGAGGGAUGCUAUUGUAGAAACGGAGAAGUUGAGGGAUACUAUUGAAAGGUUAGACAAAUUGGAGGAUGUAUUGCUAUACCUUAAAACCUCAAUCGAGGGUAAGAAAUUCCUACUUGUCCUAGAUGAUGUGUGGACUGAAGAGUAUGGAAAGUGGGAUCAACUAAAACACUUGUUGUUGAGUAAUGGUUCCCAAGGAAGCAAGAUCUUAGUGACCACCCGUAAGGAGAAAGUAGCGGUAAGCAUGGGUUGCGAAUUGUUCAAAGUGGGACAGUUAUCUGGAGAAGAAGGUUGGUCAUUGUUUAGUCAAAUUGCGUUUUUUGGGAGGUCUAAUGAUGAUUGUAGAAGUUUGGAAGAAAUUGCUAGAGACAUUGCAAAAAAGUGCAAAGGCUUGCCACUUGCUUUGAAGACAUUAGGUGGCCUUAUGCGCUGGAAAAAAAGCAUAACAGAAUGGCAAAGUGUGUUAGAAAGUGAAGUAUGGGAACUUGAAGAGGCUGAACAAGGUCUUUUCCACUCCUUAAUGUUUAGUUAUUUUGAUUUACCACCACACUUGAGGCAGUGUUUCUCAUAUUGUGCAAUCUUUCCAAAAGACUAUGUGAUAGAGAAAAAAAUGUUAAUUGAGUUAUGGAUGGCACAAGGUUUUCUCAAGGGGACUCAAGAUAUGGAGAUGGUAGGGGAAAACAACUUUAAUGACCUGUCAAUGCGCUUCUUAUUUCAAGAUUUUGAAAUGGAUGAAAAUGGUGGCAUUAUCAAGUGCAAAAUGCAUGACAUGGUGCAUGAUUUUGCUAUGUUUCUGACUAGAGGUGAGUGUUUGACAAUGGGAAGUAGUAGCAGCAUUCAAUGUUUCAAUGGCAAAACUCGUCAUUUCUUUUUGAUGAUGCAAACAGAAGAGACUAUUGCUAUUCAGACUUGCACUAAAAACUUGCACACUUUGCUUAUUGAGCCAAAUGGAAGAAAUCCUAUUUCUCAUAUUGAAUUAUUGAAAUUGUUUGAUAGACUUAAAUGUCUCAGGAUAUUGAAAUGUUCAAAUUCUAGAAUUAAAAAGUGUCCAAAACAAAUAGGCAAAUUGAUACAUUUGAGGCAUCUUGACUUGUCAAAUAAUAGGGAGUUAAAGAAAUUGCCUGAGGCAGUGUGUGACUUGUAUAAUUUGCUUAUACUAGACAUUAGUGGAUGUGACAGACUUAAAAGACUUCCUCAUAGAAUGGGAAAUCUUAUCAACUUGUUGCAUCUUCGGAAUGAGAGGACAGCUCUGAAAUUCAUGCCUAAAGGCUUGGAGAAAUUGACUAGUUUGAAAACAUUGAAUGUGUUUGUGGUAACUCAAAAAGGAGCUACACUAAGUGAUUUGGGGAACUUGAAUCAUCUUCGUGGGAGUCUUACCAUAAGAGGAUUGGGAAGUGUUAGAGAUCAGAGGGAAGCAGAAAAGGCGCAACUACAGAAUAAGAAGGGGAUUACUAAUUUGACUCUAAAAUUUGAUUUGGAAACAUUAAAAUUUCCCUUGGGGAAAUUGCCUUCUCUAGAAUCACUCAAGGUGGAUGGUAUGUGGAAAGUAAAAAAGGUGGGAGUUGAAUUUUUGGGGAUAGAAAUGUCUUUGUCUACAUCUUCAUCAUCCGUUGUUGCCUUCCCCAAUUUGAAGACACUGAAGUUUAAGCGAAUGGAUGAGUGGGAAGAGUGGGAAGAGUGUGAUUAUGGAAGCAGAGGAGAAAUCAUGCCACGUCUUUCUUCCUUGACAAUUUACGAGUGUCCGAAGCUAAAAAAGUUGCCAGAUUAUGUUCUCCAAAAUAGUACCCUGCAACAAUUGAAAAUUAGUUAUUCAUCAGAUGCAGUCAUUUCAAAUCUAUUCAAAAAGGACUGCAAGCCCCAUAUCUCUCGCAUUUCUAACAUGGAUGUGGAAGGGGAAAGAGGUACUUCACUUUGACUUUACCUUUUUCAUUAACAUUUUCAAAUUUUUUGGUAAGCAUCAAGAGUAAACACAUUACUUAAAUGCAUAAAUUAACAACAACCGAAAGAAUAAAAAAAAAAAAAGAGGCUGAAAUCGAUCCUUUUGUGUUCCUUUUUUGUUUUAAAAAAAUUAUUAUAUUGUA